UGAGGCAGCAUAUUAAGGCAGGAGAGGAGCUGGAGGAGCUGCAGCCGCUCAGUGUGUCUGGACAUCACCGCCUCUCCAGCCUUCACCAUGGUCGACGCCUUCUGUGCCACUUGGAAACUGGUCGACAGUGAGAACUUCGACGAGUACAUGAAAGCGCUGGGCGUGGGCUUCGCCACCCGGCAGGUGGGGAACGUGACCAAGCCCACCGUGAUCAUCAGCCAGGAGGGCGACAAGGUGCUGAUCCGCACCCAGAGCACCUUCAAGAACACAGAGAUCUCCUUCAAGCUGGGAGAGGAGUUCGACGAGAGCACGGCGGACGACAGGAGCUGCAAAUCCACAGUGAGUCUGGAUGGAGACAAGCUGGUCCACGUCCAGAAGUGGGACGGCAAAGAGACCAAGUUCGUCCGGGAAAUCAAGGACGGGAAGUUGAUCAUGAAUUUGACCUUUGAGGACGUCCACGCGGUGCGAACGUACGAGAAGGCGUGAGUCCCAGACGCACGUCCUCCACAUCGGCUGCUCCUGAUUUUAUAAACAUUGACAGACUGUUGGUUGUGCUCCUCAUGUAAACGGCCUCAGGCUGCACAUUUUCUAAGGUUUUUAUAUGAAUACGUCUUUACAAGCCUGUGUGAAACAUGAAAUAAAGAAACAG